GGACAUCUGACAGACACUUUCUCUCUCCUCUCUCUUCGUGCUUUUCUUUUGUGCGCCACCGCGAGCCGAUAAUGGUCAAAGACUCUAUUCCAUUCCACUGAGCCCAAAUCCACCACCGGUCCAUCUGUGUGUGUUUUCGUGUGUGAGAGAGAAGAAAGGUAGAGAGAGAGUUGAAGGUUUAAAGCAAAGAAGACGAGGAGAGCACGUACUGUUGUGUCGCUAACAAAACCUAAAUUGUUGAUAAACAGACAUAAUCUUAGUUCUUCUCAAUUGAGUCUGGAUUCUCGAAAAUGAAUAUGAUAUCAACAAGCAAGGGUGUAAUGGACACAAACGUCUUAGAUGAUAUAAUUCGAAGGCUUUUAGACGGGAAAGGAGGUAAACAGGUUCAGCUCUCCGAAGGUGAGAUCCGUCAGCUCUGCGUCAACUCUCGACAAAUCUUCCUUUCUCAGCCUAUUCUUCUCGAGCUUCAUGCGCCCAUCCUCAUCUGCGGCGACAUACAUGGACAAUACCAUGACCUGUUAAGGGUUUUCGAGCAUGGGGGUUAUCCACCCUCUGCUAAUUACCUCUUCCUGGGAGACUAUGUUGAUCGGGGAAGACAUAGUUUAGAAACCAUAUGUUUGUUAUUGGCUUACAAGAUUAAGUAUCCGGAUAAGGUAUUUCUCUUAAGAGGAAACCAUGAAGAUGCAAAGAUUAACAGGAUAUAUGGUUUCUAUGAUGAGUGCAAGAGGAGAUUUAAUGUUAGACUUUGGAAAAUAUUUACAGACUGUUUUAAUUGUUUACCUGUUGCUGCUCUUAUUGAUGAGAAGAUAUUCUGUAUGCAUGGUGGCCUUUCUCCUGAAUUGGUGAAUUUGAAUCAAAUUAAGGAUAUUCAAAGACCAACAGAUGUUCCUGAAAAUGGUCUUCUCUGUGAUCUUCUAUGGUCCGAUCCUGAUCAGAAAAUCAGAGGUUGGUCGGAUAGUGAUCGCGGGGUUUCUUGUAAGUUUGGUCCUGACAGAGUGAUCGACUUUCUAGACAAGAAUGAUCUCGAUCUUAUUUGUCGCGGUCAUCAGGUGGUUGAGGAUGGGUAUGAAUUCUUUGCGAAAAGAAGAUUAGUGACAAUAUUUUCGGCUCCAAACUACGGUGGGGAAUUUGACAAUGCGGGUGCACUAUUGAGUGUGGAUAAAUCACUUGUUUGUUCUUUUGAUAUAAUAAAACCGGCUGAGUAUAAACCAACCAGCAGUUCUAAAAUGGUCCUUAAGAAGCCGCCUAAACUAGGAAAGUUCUAACCCUAAAGAGAAGGAGAGCAGUUGAUGAAGUCUGUUAGUUCGUUCACACCACAACAAAGAAGAAGACAAAUGCUACUGCUGCUGCUUCUUCUUCUUCAAGAUGAUUCGACAUUGAAGAAGGAUCAGCAACAGAGGGUGAAUCUUAUGUGCAGGAACUGAGGAGGAGGUGUUCCAACCUCUUCUUUUUCUUUUCUAUUUUUCAUUUCAAUCUGAAUCUGCCCCAAUCUUAUUAAUUUACAAUACAAAUAGAAAAUAUUUGGACUAGUUUUUGGAUGGUUUA